AUGGCUCCAUUUGAGGCAUUAUAUGGAAGGAAGUGUCACAGUCCUAUAUGUUGGAACGAAAUAAGUGAAACAAUAAUCUUAGGGCCUCAAAUGAUUGAGGAUACAAUUAAGAAAGUAAAAGAGAUUCAAGCAGCGCAAGAUCGCCAAAAGAGCUACGCGGAUUUGAAGUGUAGAGAGGAAGAGUUUGAGUUAAGAUGGUAUAUACCUGACAAGGCACAUGUGCUUCAACCUGAAACAAUUGAGUUAGAUCAAAGCUUAACUUAUGAAGACAUACCUGUCAAGAUCCUUAAGAGUAAAGUGCGUAGUACACGCAACAAGGAAGUUAAGAUUGUUAAGGUGCUAUGGUCUAACCAAGAAUAUGAGGAAGCAACUUCGGAAGCUUAG